AAACGGUGAUCGAACCGAGUGAACCGUUCGAUCCAAAACGAGCGCACCUCCGCGCAAUUCGGAUUCCACUGGGGAGAAUAAUCCGCCCGAGCCCCGUCCGCCAUCGCCUGCUUUCGGAUCCUCCGCAUCGCCGCCGCCGCCGCCUCCUGCGCCUGAACUUGCUCAUAGAUGAUAAAAACCCUCGCAGUAUCCUUCGCCGGUUUCCUUCCCGGUGGCAAGUUCAUUGUUAUUACCACCACCCACGACGUCGUGCUAAUGAUUGUCAGCUUGGAGAAAAUUAAUUAUUCUCGUCUUGAUGCAAAUCUUUGCGGAUACAUAAUGAAUCUGCAUAUGAAAAUUUACUAUAGGCUAUCUGCCUUUUAACUGCAGCUCCAUUAACCAUAAUUCUGCUUUGUCUUCACUAGCUUUAUAGUCUGUACAUUCAUAUGGAUGAAUCACGGCAUAGUUUCAAAGAGAUCUUUAGAUGAAUGACAGAUUCCACAAACAAUGUUGUAUAAUUGGAGUUAUAUGAUCUUUCCCCUUUUUACCUUUAUUGACCUACUGUAUUGAUAUGCAGUUAUGCACCAUAAUAAAUGGGCUUUCUUCUCCCAUGAAUGAUUUGUUUCGAUGGAUUAGUUUUUUAAUUCCAGUGUCUCUCUAAACUUAGAACUUUUUUUAUCCUCACAUAGCUUUCUUAACCUUUAUAAGCACUAUGCCAACCGGUGACACAUCUUGCUCUUGCAGAAACCACCACCAGCCCCAUGUGCAUCGCUGCCACUGAUGCCAUCGCUUUCUUCCUCUCCCACAUUGAACAGUGCCUUGCCACCAAGAAUCUUAAGCUUGGUCAUUGCCUGCAUGCUUGCCUCACCAAGACUGCGCUCACCCAACACACCCUCAUUGCCAACCGCCUCAUUGACAUCUACUCCAGGUGUGGCUCCCUACCUUGCGCUAAAUCAACCUUCAAUGACCUUCGAUUCAAGAAUGACCAAUCUCAUAACACCAUGCUUGCUGCCUAUUGUCGCGCUGGCAGUCUUGACGUAGCAUACAGAUUUUUUGAUCAAAUCUCUGGCCGAAACCUUGUUAGUUAUAACACCAUGAUCUCAAGUCUCACACACCAUGGCCAUCAUGAGGAAGCACUUGAUCUCUUUUCCCAAAUGCGAAAGGACAUCAUCAUCAUGGAUAAAUUCACAGUAGUUGGUAUUUCAGUUGCUUGCGCUAGCUUGUUGGCCUUGAGAUGUCUUCGUCAGUUACAUGCGUCGGUCAUUGUUUCUGGACUUGAGCUGAAUCUAAUAAUGUCCAAUGUCAUGAUUGAUGCUUACGGGAAGUGUGGUGAUGUCGAUGCUUCCCGUUGCUUAUUUAAUAGGAUGAAAAGGAGAGAUGUUGUUUCUUGGACCUCAAUGGUCGGAGCAUAUGCAUCAGCUUGUAGACUUGAAGAAGCUCGAGCGGUGUUUGCUAGCAUGCCCGAGCGUAAUGUUGUGUCGUGGACAGCAUUGAUUUCUGGGUAUGAGCAGAAUGGGGAGGAGGAAGCGGCGCUGGAGCUCUUCACACAGAUGAUGGCUGAAGGAGUCAUUCCAACUCCAUUCACAUUAGUGUCCAUUUUAAGUGCUUGUGCAAGUUUAGGACUAAUUGAAAGAGGGAAACAAGUGCACGGGUUUACUUUUAGGAGGUUCAUUGGUUCGGAUUCUUUCAAUGUCUUCAUUUUUAAUGCCUUGAUUGACAUGUAUGCAAAAUGUGGCAAUAUGGUCUCCGCUUCUACAGUGUUCGAUAAAAUGCCUGAACGGGAUCUUGUGUCUUGGAAUUCAGUUGUUUCUGGGUUUGCACAGAAUGGACAUGGAAAGCAAUCACUUGAUGUCUUUGAAAGGAUGGUGAAAGCAGGUGUCAAACCAAAUCAUGUCACAUUCUUAGGGGUGCUUUCUGCCUGCAGCCAUGCAGGUCUAGCCUCUGAGGGAUGCAGGAUGCUUAGUUUGAUGGAGAAAGAACAUGGAAUAUGCCCUAGGGCUGAGCAUUAUGGUGCAUUAAUUGAUAACCUUGGGCGGAAAUGUCAGCUUAAAGAAGCUAUGCAGUUUAUAGAGUGUUUGGCUUCUGGAGGAGAUUUGGCUAGCGUAGGGAUAUGGGGAGCACUCCUUGGUGCAUGCCGGGUGCAUGGGAACUUAGACAUUGCUAAUAUAGCUGCUGAGUCCCUAUUUAAAUUAGAUCCUAAAAAUGGGGCGAGAUAUACUAUGUUGUCCAACAUUUAUGCUGCAGCUGGCUUGUGGGAUGAUGUUCGACGCGUCAGGUUGCUUAUGAAGGAAAAAAGAUUGCAGAAGGACCCAGGUUACAGUUGGUUGGAGGUGAGGAGUGCAAAACAUAUGUUUGUAGCAUACGACAAGUCACAUUAUCAAGCAGAGGAGAUCUAUAGCUUGCUUGCUACUCUGGUGGAUCACAUGAUUGAUGCAAGAGAUAGUGUAGAAUACAAGCAGUGUCAGCUUUGGGAUACUUAGACCACCGAACAGGAAGUGAAGCAGGUGAAAGAAGAGAGUGACAAGAGUUGCCACCCUUGCAUCAUCAAGUUCCAAGAGUGCAGCCUCCAACCACGACCACCACCGAGUCCUAAUGGCAUGGCAGUGCCACCCAUUGCUCAACCAUUCUAGUUUCCUCACAAGGUCUCAGAUGACACGCCAAAAAUAGCCUGAACCGGAUCAAAGUGAAGGUCUCACAACCCCCCUUUAAUUGGUGCAAACAUCAUGCUCUCCUGCAAGAACCCAACCUCAUCUUCCCUCAGAAAUCAUCGAGCAACCACGUCCUCUCCAUGCUGCAAGACUUGGUCACCUCCCACCAUGAGAGGGUUGUUGUUUGCGAGGGGAGGAUCACUUUGGGAUGGCAACAUCCCAUCAUUACGACGUCACCGGAGGAGGAAGAAGAGCUCUCCCGAGUCUUCUGUGGCCUGAGAUUUUGGUGCGAACGUGCAAUGGUGUACCAACCAACCACUAAAAGGGUGGUGGACUCGAGCUUUUUAUCUUUGAUGCCAUCCCUUCUUCCGUGGUGGUGAUAAAAGAAGCAGCACAUUUCCUAAUGAGGAGAGCACGGCGUAGAGGAGCACAAAGUAUGUAGCCCUGGUAAUCAUUGCCUGGUUUUGGGACACGAAGCAGAAGCAACAAAGAGGUACACACUAUUCUGUAGGGUGUAUUAUAUAUCUGAAUGGACAAAGAUGGUGGUUUCUUUUUCAAGUGAUGCUCUCAACAUUGGUCACCAUCUCAGCAAUGCUGUUCAUGGUGAAAAGAGUGGAAAGUGACGAGGAAAGUAGUGACGUGCUUGUUGGGGUGGCAUGACAUGGGCAUCCUCUUCUGAGUUCUAACCCCAUUUUUCUCUUCUUGGUUGACUCUAGGGCUUAUCUGCAUUUGGUCAUACCAGCAUAUGUUGAUGUUAGUAGUUACCGAGUGAGAUUUAUUUGGAGUUUAUAACUUGCUUCUCUCUCUAUGUCAUUGGAUUGAAAGAGAGAGAGAGAAAAAAGACCUAAUCUCUCGAAAUUGCAUUGGAUUGAAAAUAUUAUAUUUGUCGGUCGGUUAUCGGAUGCCGAAACGGGUUCGGUCUGUUCCAGUGUAGUGUGUCGGUAUGUCAUGUAUCAUGAGAUUAAGGAAGGAGAAAGGAGGAGGAAAUUAAGGAUGGAA